AUGUGCGGUGCCGAGGUCCGUCUAGCUAUUCGACAGCUGCCGCCAACGAAAGGACCGAAUAUUUUGAGCCUCGACGGCGGUGGCAUUCGGGGGAUUAAGCAGCUUGGUUUGCUUCAGUCCUUAGAGAAGCGGCUUAGUGAAGUUCGUCUGACCGAGGUAUUUGACUUAUGCGUGGGCACCAGUGUGGGGGCUUUGAAUAUCAUGGACUUAGUCUUCAACCGUUCUUCCGCAGACAGCAGUUUUCGCCGCUUCCCAGAUCUCGCACGAAAGAUUUUCCAGCAGCCAGCAAAGCCGGUCAAGCUUCUCAAAUGCCUAGCCUGGAUUACAGGCGUGAAACGCCUCCUCCUGGACGGAAAAUACGAUGAUCGUAUGCUAGAGGAAACCCUGAAGGCGGCGUUAGGACCGGAUCGCCGAAUUUUUGAUGUCGAAACGACAUGCGGCAUCAGCAGUCGGGUAGCGAUCAUUGCCAGCCGCAUCUCGGACGGGAAAGCCUGCCUGCUAGCCAACUACCGCGGCAUCGGUCGGCAUGCUGGAAUGUCAGCGUACGAAUUUUUGAUGCCUCAAAGUCAAGAUCAAAAUCCGCUGUUGUGGGAAGUUGCACGGUGCAGCGUGGCUGCUCCAGGGUUUUUCCGUACCAAGACGCUCCCUAGGUUCGGUCCGCUGCAAGACGGAGGGCCUGGUCGGAACAAGCUCGACCUGCUGGUUUCGGUGGGCACAGGGUACACAGCACCCGAACGGCAGCCCCGCCACCCGAGGCCAGGCGGAAUCGUGCACGACGGUGCCAUUACUCGCUUGAUCCGAGCAACAGUGUCGUCCCCGUCCAUGGACGGUGAGCAGGCCUUUCUUGAGGCGCUAAACUUUGUUUCCAGUCCCAUACGAGCGGACAUCUACCGGGUGAAUCAACUGCUCCAUAGACCGCUCCCGUGGUUGGACGACGUGGAAAAGUUGGACGGGCUGGCUGAGUCAUCAUUCAACGUGCCUGACGAGUUAGUCCGGGCGGUCUUGGUGACGGGGACGUUGUUCUUCGAACUCGACGGUUGUCCCACCACGAGGCAAGGGACGAUCUUCUGCGAGGGUUCAAUCCUCUGCACAAGCACACAGCCUAGGAAGUUGAUUGGCCGGAUUCUAGCUGAAAUUCCGGGCGCAGAGUUCCAGAUUGACCAUCAAGGGCCCCUGGGUCUAGUUGGAGAGGACAAUGGCUGCCGUCUUUGUGGAUACUAUCGCAAAAAGGUAUCAUUCACUGUCUGUAGCCUCGACGAAACUCUCACCAUUCAAGUCGGCAAUACUGAAUCGCGGACGCGACUAGGAGGCUUUCCUAAAUCCGUUCAAAAUCUCUUAGACGAGCAGCAAGUGCAGAGUCCCUUUGGUCGUCCGGAUCACCGGACUGAUGCGUGGCCGCCAGCAAGGCGCUGCCUCUGUCGCCGCGGGACCAAGAGGCGAGUUGCAUUCGCCGAACCUUCUCUCGGGCAAAAGAGGAGGCGUUUGUAAACCAUUCAAAAUUAUGUAUAGAUCGGAACAUUCUAUAACAUACAUUAUUAGAUAUACCAAGUUGUUCACUGGCCAACUUGAAACCUCAUAUCAUCAAGAAGAUAAUAUGGGCAUCAGUACACCUCGA